UCUCUCCCACUGAAAUCUCGCACAUCUAUAGUAAUCUGUUGAUUCCGCUAUAUAGUAAUCUCUCAAACCAAGUCGCUUUAAUUUCUUUCUCUCUCCCUUAUACACACCUCACACAUUGAUUCAUAGGAGCAGACAAAUCAAAUGGUGUUGGGAUCAAAUAGUAGUACUGCUUUGCGGUCCGAUUCUUUCCCUGCGGGUCUUCGGGUUCUCGUUGUCGAUCACGAUCCUGCCUACUUGAAUAUUCUUCACAAGAUGCUCCUCAAGUGCAAGUAUGAAGUAAGCAUGUGUAAUUCAGCACAAGAAUCAUUGGAUGUGCUUGGGAAACAAAAAGAUGGAUUUGAUAUAGUAAUAAGUGAUGCGAAGGUGGCGGACGUGGAUGAUUUCAACUUUUUGGAACAAGUUGUUCAUAAAAUGAAUAUUCCGGUUAUAGUGAUGUCUGAGGAUGGAGAUCCAAGCAGGAUGAUGAAAGGGGUUGAGCAUGGCGCGUGCGAGUACCUUCAGAAACCCAUAAGAACGAGGGAGCUUCGCAACAUAUGGCAGCAUGUGUUUAGGAAGAGAAUACACGAGAUCAAGUGUGUUGAACCAAAACAAGACCCAACUCCACAUAACUCCGAUGCCAAUAAUAUUGUCAUCGCUAACAAAAGAAAAGAUCAUGAUAACACCACACAUGAUCCUACCACUCUCAAGAAACCUAGGGUCGUUUGGACCUUCGAUCUUCAUCAAAAGUUUGUCAAAGCUGUCAACCGCGUUGGAUUGGAAAAAGUUGGCCCCAAGAAAAUACUUGAGUUGAUGGAAGUGCCAUGGUUAACAAGAGAGAAUGUUGCUAGCCACUUGCAGAAGUAUAGGCUGUAUAUAAGCAGGGUGCAAAAAGAAAAUGAGGUAAACGCAGCGGCGUGUAAUGAAGUGAAGCUCUCAGAUUUUCCUUCAAACUCAGUCAGUCUGCAGCAGAAGAUCGUGAUCAACGGUAUCCACCACAACCACAGCAGAAUGCCAGUGCCAAUGCCAAUGGCAGAUGAUCCUCCUCUUCCUCCCUCAAGAAUGGACGUGUCCAAGAUCCAAGCGCACUACACUUGGCCGAAUGGAGACUUGAAUCCCCAUUUCCAGCCCGACCAUCCCUUCCCACUCCCACUCGCUAUAAGGAGGGAAGAUCAACCAAUAGAAGCUAACUUGUCAAGCAAGAACAGAAGCUACGCCAUUGGAACCGAUCACGCUUUGCUCUCCGUCACACAGCAUUUGAGGCAUUCACACGACGUCCCACUUCCACGCUACGACCAAGACCAGAAUCUGCACAACAGUAUGGAAUCAUCCUUCAAGAACAUGAACAUGAUUGUGGGAACAGGAUCAUCAUCAGCCCCUCUUAAUGCGGAACUCAAUGCUUAUUCCUCUUCAAGUGAUCACAUCUACCAUCUGCACAAUCCUCAUCAACUUGUUAGCUUUGGUUGCACCAAUCUCCUUCCUACCGAUCAUGUUCCGCCGGAACUCUACGAUUUUCAAAAGUUUGAGGAUGAGUACGAUUGCAAUGCACAACAGACCAAUCAAGGACUGUAUUUUCGAUGAUCCCUAAUAUAUAUGCAUAUUCUUCUUUCUGAUUUAGUCUGCCUUUUUUAUAUUAAAUGUAUAGAUUUAAGAUUAGGUUUAGAGACCAGGUUACACAGCAUGAUGUUUUAUGCUGGUGUGUGAAACAAGUCCUCUUUUAGAAGAAAAGAAAAGGAAAGGUUUAAGAAGUCCUCUUUUAGAAGAAAAGAAAGGAGAUAGGAGAAAGGUCAUGGUCAUGUUUUUUCUACAUCAAGUAUAUAUCCAUGAGACCUCAAAACGUGCGGAUAUAUUCGUCGAAACAUUAUAGUAUAUGAUUUUGUUAUGUUUUUUCUAUAAGAAAAGGAAAAGCAUCAAAUGGAUGUAAAUCUACUUUUGUAAUUUCCAUGAC